AUGUAUGACAACUCUACUCAAUGUGCUCACGGAACAAAACACAACUGUGUCGACGUACCAUUGGAAACCUGUACUGUCGUAACCAAUACAAGCGACAAUUCCACCUUUGGUGUAUUAGUUCAACAAACCAACAAUUCCAUUGAAGCUACCACUUUCACAAAUGGCAGCUGCACAGUGGCAUUGGAAAAUGUGAGCAACAUUGAGUGUGGUGGAUGUUCAACCAGUGGAAGUUAUCAAGUACUCUGUUUUAAUCAAGACAGUUCUGCUAUGACUAUUUCCAUUCCAUCUGUUUUAGUUUUAAUGUCCAUCAUUGCAUUGUUCAUUUCAUUACUUUAA